AGUUGUGAUUGCUGUGUGUUGUGUCGUAAAUGUCUGCAGAUGAGAAAGACUUGCUCUUGCUCUCCACACAGUUUUACUCCGAGCGACGCUCGCUAUGGCGGAGACACUGCCUCCCCUGUGUCCCAAAGAGGUACAUACUGGCCGUCCUAUCUUUCCUGGGAUUUGUAAAUGUCUACGCGAUGAGAGUCAACCUUUCUAUGGCAAUCAUUGUAAUGGCGAAUGGGACAGACGGCCGCAAGCAUUCUCACAGGACAUACAACUGGACUCCAACGGAGCAAGGUUUUCUCUUGUCUGCCUUUUUCGUUGGGUACAUAAUCACACAGAUACCAGGAGGCUGGCUGGCCCAGAGAUUCAGUGCAAAAUAUGUUUUUGGUGUCGGCAUUCUAGCUACAGCAAUAUUCACACUCCUCACGCCUCUAGCAGCUAGUCUGGGCAUAUGGGUCCUUGUGGCUGUACGGAUAUUGGAAGGAAUAUUUGAGGGUGUUACCUUUCCGUCAAAUCACACACUCUGGGGGAAGUGGGCUCCGCCUGCCGAAAGAUCUCGACUUAUAACUUUUGUGUUUGCAGGACAAUACGUAGGCAAUAUCCUCUCGUUCCCUCUUACUGCCCUUCUCUGUAAAUAUGGAUUCGCUGGUGGAUGGCCCUCAGCCUUCUACUUAUGUGGUAUUAUGGGUGUCAUCUGGUUCUUUUUCUGGCUGUUUCUAGCAUUUGAUAGUCCCUCUAGUCAUCCGAGGAUAACUUCGGCUGAGAGAAGAUACAUAGAAAAUGCCAUUACUGAAAUUGAUAACAAAAAUAUUGUAAAAGUUCCUACUCCAUGGUUUGACAUAUUGACAUCGCCAGCAGUAUGGGGUACUAUUGUAGUCCAAUUCAGUAGUAACUAUGGGUUUUAUGUUCUCUUGACAACAAUGCCUACAUAUUUCAAACAGGCAGUUGGAUUUGACAUUAAAAAGGAUUUAGUUAUGAAUGGAGUGUUCUCAGCUAUCCCUUACUUCUUUGACACUAUUGUUGUUUUUGUUGCCGGAGCAGCUGCAGAUCUUAUAAAGGAUAGGUUUCUUUCUGUCACUAACACACGAAAACUUUUCAGCUGUUCAUCUCUCGUACUGCAAGCACUCUUCAUUGUACUCUGUGCGUACUUUGGUACGACGAAACUCUUAGCACUUCUCCUGUUAACACUGACAGUCUCUGUAGGAGGAAUGCAGCUAGCAGGCCACUCCGUUGCAAUGCUAGAGAUGGCACCCCGAUAUGCAGGGAUCAUUAUGGGGCUGUGCAACACUGCAGGGACUCUACCUGGAAUCAUUGGACCAUUAAUAACUAAACUAAUAGCUCAUGCAAAUGAUUCUGAUACUGAAGUACUCAUUGAAGAAUGGCGCAAUGUUUUCAUCAUUGCAGCUGAAGUCUUUCUGUUUGGUGCUGCCAUUUUUGCUAUCCUUGGCGAUGCCAGAAAGCAAAGCUGGUCAAACGGGCCAAGAAUAAGAGGAAGGACUCCAGUGUUACUGCAUGACUCAACCGCUCAGUAGGAAGAAUUUUAUUACAUAUUCAAGAAUAUCUUUUAUUAUUUUUGUUUCACAGCUUAAUAUUUAUUAUUUGUUUUCUAUUGCAUUUUUCUUAAAUUAUUUCAUAUUACAGCAACAUGUCACUGUCAUCAAAAGAA